AUGGAAAAUCAUAGACAGCAUCUGGGGGAGCUGCUAGAUGGCAUUCAUAGCAAACAUGGUUUGGAAACCUCAAGAGCCACAUCUCCCGCGGGCACGGUCGUGAUGGAUCAGUCACAAAUGACGGACGUUGACCACCGAGUCAAGCGCAACAGGCCACGAACGUUUCCAUAUUUCAGCACUCUGCCUUAUCCCGUGGAAGAUGAAGACCAGAGACAAAAGAACCUGUCCGAGAUACUCAAACAUCUCUACAUUGCUAUCCAGGCCAGUGAUUUCACCCCGGGGGCGGUGCACUGGACCAGGGAACUCCGCAGUUGGAUGGCUCUCAAGUUUGAUCCGACCAAAGAACAACGCGUGAAGCUCGUCCAGCUGUACUAUGAAUUGGCUCUGGCUCCUGGCAUUGACUCGGCUGUGGCCGAGCGCUUUGCCAGCAUGUUCAUGCUCCUCACCAAGCGAAAGCAUUACUUGCGACCUCUCAAAGAUCUGACCCUAGACUGGCGGCCCCUCUACAGAGAACUGAAAGUAUUUGUGCUGCCAAGCGAGUCUGGGCUCAUGCAGACAACCAGUUUGAAAAGAAAUAUCAAGACACUCACCAAGAUCGCCUCGUUCGCGCAGCUGUACUUUGACCCCGAAGAUAUUCCUGCCAUGCUGGAAGAGUUUCUCCCCCAUUUCACCAUGUCCUCUGCCGAGGGAGCUUUCGUGGUGAUAGGAUUGCUCAACAUACUACUGCCAACCAGUCCACCACCACCAAACCGCUCCGACCUGACCCCCCAACAAUUCCUUCCCACACUCUUCCAUUUGUGGUCGUUACUCAAUCGAUCUCGGACUUUGGAUGUGGCAUGUCUCGACCUCUUCUCUCGCCUCGCUCGAGACGCGUUGCCCAGUUCAAGCGUGGAAUUUUCUGCGUGUGGUAUCUUCACGCCAGAACAAACAACUCUGAUCUCAACUGCAAUUCUGCGACUGCUUGAGAUCCCUGUCGGCCAGUCGACCUCACCAUAUAGUACCCUGGUCGAUCUGUCGGCUGGCAUGGGCAUCCUACUCGAGCGAGACUCGCGGAAACAUCCGGUGUCCCAUCACAUUGCUCGCUGGUUCGUCAUGUCGCUUUCGCCAGCUUGUCUGACGGAGCAGACCUCGGUCCUGUCGCUCCUCGAGACAUUGAUUCAGGCUGUCGAGACCUUCUUCCACCCUUCCAAUUCGGGCUCUUGGACACGGACUUUGGCGCAGCUGGUCUUCUAUCUGGCGGAUUUCUUUGUCAUGCGCUGGAACCGAGAACGAAACGGGGAGAUGGAAGUGCCCGAAGAGCGCAGACUCAACGAGCCUCUCCGAAAGCGGUUCGUCUUGUGUCUGCGAGAAGUGAUCUUCAUGGGCAUCUACGCCAAGAGUGGAACUGCCAUGAGUUACUCCUUGUCCACGCUCCAAGCGCUCGCGUUCCUAGAGCCAGAUCUGAUUCUGCCCGGUGCGCUCCAGCGUAUUUACCCGUCCAUGCAGGGGCUGGUGGAAGUGCAUCGGACGAUCUCGUCUUUGCGGUCUCUGCAGAUUCUCGCAAGAACAAUGAUCAGGACCAAAGGCUACCGUUGUCACAUCACAGCUUUGCUCGGCCUAGCACUUCCGGGCAUCGACGCCAAUGAUUUGGAGAAGACGUUGUAUACCCUCUCAUUCUUCGCCAAUGUCUGUUACAAUAUCCCUUUUGAAGACCUUUCCGAGGGUCGUGAUGAUAUCCAGGGCAAUAUGUUGGCUAUGGAAUGGAUCACAGGUGAAAUGGAGCGCAUGGAGCAAGAAGGUGGCAGUGUGGAGCUCAGCUACGCCACAUUGAAUGAAAAAGAUGAGGAAAUGAUCCUCGCAUCAUCCACCGCGGGCUUCAGCGAGUUCGUCAGCUCGUUCUUGGGCAGGGUCUUUACUCUCCUCGAGAAUUUGCCGGACGCAGCCAGGGUCCGGAGCGGUUCUCCUGAAGAGAACAUCGUCAACACCUUGCCAGCGGCUUUCAUGCCGUUGCUGGCUUCCCUCUCACCUGAUUUGUACGACUUGGCUUUGAACAAAAUCGUUGACUUUGUCGCAAACCAUGUAAUACACCAAUCGCGUGAUGCUAUGGCGUUCAUCUGCAACUGCCUAUGUAAAGUCAAUCCGGAGAAGGCAUUGGCCAAGUUCGUCCCCGUUUUGAUCGGCUCCAUCCGCGCAGAAAUCGAUGAGAAUGGUGCUGGCUCAACCAGAAACGCGGCAUCCGACGUUCUUCCCCGAGAUAGGGGCUUGGUCUGGAGCAUCAGCAUGCUGAGCAUGUGCGUGGUCCAUGUUGGUUCGGCUGUUCUGAAGUACAAGCAAGAACUGUUCGAUAUUGCCGUUUAUAUGCAGCAAAAAUGCAAAGGCAUGCCGACCGUGCACGUCUCGAACUAUGUGCAUCAUCUGCUUCUCAAUCUCACGGUCACAUACACUGCUGACUACGCACUCUAUGAACCGGAGAGGACUGCCAACGGCAUUUCUGCAGAUCUUUGGGGGUUGGCGGAAUCACCAUCAGCCGUCAAGCCGAAGUGGCAUGUGCCCGACAAGGAGGAGAUCGACUUCGCCGUGGAGCUUUUCCAGAAUCAAGCCGAGAGUGCUCUCAAACAUCUCACAGGUCUCAUUAGAGGCACGUCAAGCAUCAAGCGCGAUGGGAGUGGCAAAGAAUGGUCGGAUGAAGUCUCAAGAAACCUCGUCUUGCUCCGCCUCCUGCUCGCCGGAGUAUCUGUCCUUUUUGAUUCCAAGGGCGUGAAUGAAGGACUCACGACGACUGCAGCAGGCGUCGAUGCCGACACUGCAAUGUCACAAGCGAAUGGUCAUGCACCCGAAGAAGCCGAUGACUCCACAGAGGCGGACGCAUCUCUCGACGGUACUGAUGAGACGUCCAUCAAACCGUCUUUUCAGUAUCCGGCCGGCCAGCUCCUCAAACCAGAGGAUGAGAAUUACAAGUUGAUCCACCGGCUUCGACAAGAUAUCGGUCGUGUGCUGCACGAGGUGCAUGAGUUCUUGACACGAGAAGGCGAAGAUGAUGUGUCCUCCUUUGCCCCGCUGUAUACGGCAUAUCGGUCAUGGUUUGUCGAUGUGGGAAUUGAGAGAUCGGCACAUGUUCUUGACAGAAUUACCCGCCUUUUACAUGCGGACGAGCAGCCGUACAAAGUUAGUGGCGUGCGCAAAGAUUACCCCCGUUCCAUCCUUGUGCGUCGGGCCAAUGUCUACCACACCCAGAGACUGCGACACAACGCGGCACCCCGACCUCGGUCUGAACUAGACGAACAGCUCUUGAUGGACCUGGCAGGGUCAGCUGUGUCAUUGUACACCGAGGUCCGUCGAAAUGCGCAGAGUGCCGGAGAGUCGGCUCUCAAGGUGGUCUUUGGGGCUCGUCUCUUCAUCAUCCCGCCUCUCCUGACUUCUUUCCAGAAGGCUGUGGAGAAGCACGACUUUCCUCGGAUCAAAGGGAGCCUGUUUGCGCUCUUGUUUGGAAGUCUAGCGAAGACAGUGGGCAGGCACUGGAAGUAUACUCCGGUGGUGAUUAGAACCUUUAUCGAGGCAAGUACGGCGGAUAAGCCUUCCAUACAGAGGCUGUGCAGCGGGGGUAUAUUCCAGAUCAUGGAUUAUGGACGUCCCGGCGACCGCAUGGCUAUCAUCGACCGAACUGUUGUUGAUUCUUUCACUCCCGACGAAGACGUGGAUGGCACAAUCUCAAAGAAGAAGGCAUUUAUUUUGAGUAAACGCGCCAACAUCGAACGAAAGAAGACAGAGUUGGCCGAAGAGCUCAUCGAAAUGGCCCGCGUCUCACACUGGAAGAAAGCGACCCGCGUUGCCACCCUCGUCAUGUCGUUGGGUAUGCGGUUCGACCACAUAUGUUCUGACAAUAUGAUCGACCUGAUCACUCGUGGAACGGUGGAUCCUCAUCCUGGACUGCGUGGACUGUACUCCCAAGGCCUGGUGGCUCUAUUCACCAUGACCGAUGUACGAGCAGUUUGCAAUCAUGACUAUGCGAACUAUAUCCAAGCUCUGCAAGAAUUCCCUGCAAAGGUCAAAGUGCCAGUCCAUGUGGAGGAAGACGGGUGGACGGACAAUUUUUUGAAAGCCUUCUCUCAGCCCGAGACUGACGUGUACAUUGACCACGAUUAUCCUGGCUGGCUCGUUUGGUCAAAGUUCAUGCCUGGCUAUAAGUCCAACGUACAGAAGGACAUCUUGUACGAUGAACUCGAAUGGAAGAAACGGACGGUAAUCGGCAAGCUUCUGGAUCGGGAUUGGUUUGUGAAAUUCUUCAAAUACCUGAAACAAGAGCCCCGAGACCAGUCUGCCGACAAGUUCCGCAUGGCUAGUGCGGCUAUGCUGACCUAUGCGUUUGAACUCAUCAUCAGGGACGGUCUCGCGGUCGCCACGUUCGAUGAGAUCAAGGAAGAGACCCUUGCCGUGUUUGAGGAUGGUACUGAUAAACAUCAACACCGGGCAACCGCCGAAAUCCUGGCCGGGUUGGUCACCUCUGUUAUGGACAACUCAAUUGACCGGCGGACCAUGGUCUGGGAGUUUGCAUUCCCCAUCAUUCAGCGGGUCUUUUCAGAUGGACUGACGCCGGAAAACUCGGGGUAUUGGACGACGUUCCUCCAUAUGAUCCUCCAAGCCAGGGACCCGCGUCGAGCUUGGCCACUGGUGGAAUGGCUCGCGAAUUUCCGGCUGGACAUGGGCUCUAAUGCUGCAUUCAAGGAAAGCUCAAAGAUACACCUUCUACAUCAAGUCAUCAUGGAUGCUGGAUGGCAUUUCCAACUGGAAAAGCCGAUUAUGGAGGACUUUUUGCGUCAUAUCGAUCAUCCGUAUAAAGGAGUCCGCGAAGCCAUGGCUCAUACACUUGCCACCAUCAGUCGCACCAGAUACCAUGAGUCAUUCCGGGACGUCAAAGAACUCAUCGCGACGCAAAAGGCAGCGGGCCCCAUUGGCGGGCAACCUUAUCUACCUAGUAGAGAGUUUGAUGAGACGAUGCACGAGAUUUUCGAGCGACUGGAAAAAUGGCGACACGAACGUACACCGGGCCAACAAACCCCGUCGGCAUACACCUCGGGAAGCAAGACAGUGUUACUGUGGCUCGACUCAAUGCUCUCGUCGUCUGAAUGCACGCAGCUUCUCGAGUACUUCCCCGAUCUUUUCACCGAACAGUUCUUGCACAUGAUGGACGUCAAGGAGGACCCAGAGUUGCAGUCUUUGGCAUAUCAUGUGUUCCGGCACUUGCCAAAUAUUCCUCACCGCAUCGGAGAGGACAAGAGACUGAUCCAGUCUUUGAUUCGCAUAGGGAAGACGUCUCCAUCGUGGCAUCAACGCCUUAGGGUUAUGAUAAAUAUGCAGAUCGUCUUCUUUAGACACCUGUUCAUGCUGUCCGAAGAGAGUAAACAGUUGCUGUUCGACUGUGUCGCCGACAUGUUGGAAGAUACACAGCACGAGGUUCGUGCGGGUGCGGCUACCACGUUAUCCGGGAUGAUUCGUUGCUCGCCCCUUGACUUACGACUGAGGAUGGUCGUCAAAUUACGAGAUCGUUUCACGCAGACUCUCAUCGACAAUCCCCUACCAAAGAAGCCCAAACGUCACUUGGGUGGUGUCGCGGCCGGCUUGUCAUCGACGCGAACGUCAGGAGCCAACACCCCAACCCCGGAGGCCCAGCGUUUGGUCAUAGUCCGCCAUGCCGCUGUGCUCGGCCUGGGUGCUCUGAUUCAAGCGUUUCCCUAUUCCAGUCCACCUCCGCCUUGGAUGCCCGAUGUCCUUGUGACCUUGAGCAGCAAAGCAGCGAACGACCCAGCAACUGUAGGCAAUAGUGUGAAGAGUAUCAUCAGCGACUUCAAGAAGACGAGACAGGAUACUUGGCACAUUGAUGUGAAGGCAUUCAAACCGGAACAAAUCGAGGAUCUCUCUGGGGUAUUGUGGAAAAGCUAUUUCGCCUAG